AUGUCUUUUCUAAUUCUCAACACGACUUUGGAAUUUCAAGAUAGUCCUACAGUGACCACUGUGGAAACCAAUAAAUAUCCUAUGCAAGAAAUUAAUUAUCCAGCGAUAUCUAUUUGCAAUAUUAAUAAAAUAAGUUUAAUAUCUGCUAUCGAUCUUGCGGAAGAACUUGUUAAUUUAACUGUGGAAAAAUUGACUAAUCUGAUAACAACUUUGGGAAAUCUUUAUCACUUUGAUAUCGAUGAGGAUGAGUUAGAAGAAAUUUAUUUGUUGCACACUAUACUUGAACGAGGAUACAACGACUACAAUGUUGACAGACUAAUGAAAAGGCUAUUACCAAAAUGUAGAUCAAUUUUAUGGCAAUGUUCUUGGAAUGGCAAAGAUCAAGAUUGCAAUGAAAUUUUUGUUCUAAGAAUAACGAACAAUGGCUACUGUUGUACCUUUAAUUCUGCACGACGCGUUGGUUUACAUAACAAAGAUUCUUUUAUAUUUACAUCUCAAACGAUCAAACGUUCUAAAGAAGCUGGUUCAGAAUAUGGAUUAUCUGUACUAUUAAAUCCUCAGUUAUAUGAUUAUGCUUACAAACUUUUACCAAUACAGGGUUUCAAGGUAUGUUAA